AUGCGUUUUGGCAGACCAGAGCUUCUGAUUGAGUCGUUAAUAGAAAGUGUUAAAACCACUAUAUCACCAAAAGCUGACAAAUUAGACACUCUUAUCGAAUUUGGCACCAAGGUGCAAGCACUUUGUGACCAUAUAGAGGCAGCCGAUCUGGGUGAACAUUUGUCCAACCCAACCCUUCUUAAAGAUUUAGUUGUGAAACUUCCGGCUGAAUACAAAAUGAGAUGGGCAAGCUACCGACGAAAUUGUCAGAUGAUCAAUCUUAGAACCUUCGGUACGUUUAUGGACGAAAUAGUAGCCGAUGCAUACAGCGUAACAUCAUUUGCGAUGGAACGUCCCACGCGCUCGAAACAGGAUAGAAGUCUUAUUUAUUCGGAGCCCGUCGAUGGUGGUUUAGGUAUCGAUGGACGAAAAGCAGCUGAUGAAAUUUGUAACGUGACGAAUAGAACUGUGUGUGCCGUAUGCCAAGGUGAGGGACAUCGAUCACGGGACUGUUCAACCUUCCGAUCAUUAACGGUUGAUGACAGGUGGAAGUGCAUACAAAAACUGGACCUCUGCAAAACAUGUUUGUAUGACCAUGGCCGCCGCACAUGCCGAAAUACGAACAGGUGUGGUACAAACGGAUGUGAGCAGCGUCACCAUCCUCUUCUCCAUAAUGUAUUAAAACCUAGUUCGCCUUCUCACACUGAAAAUUCUGUGAUUCAUAAUAUACAUCAAGCGCCUUCCUGUUCUUUGUUGUUCCGCAUAAUUCCGGUGAAGCUAUACAAAGAGGAAAGGUCUAUCGAUACCUACGCUUUCGUAGACGAAGGUUCUUCACUGACGAUGUUGGACACUGAGUUAGCAACUAAGUUAGGAUUGAGCGGACAUGCCCGACCACUUUGUUUAAAAUGGACAGGUAAUUUUACUAGAACUGAAGCCGAUUCUCAACGUGUGUCUUUUGAGAUAUCGGGGAAAAACAGUACCAAACGUUACCCAUUAAGAAAUGUUGGAACGAUUCAUGCAUUGGAUUUGCCGGAACAAUCGUUACCGAUCGAUAUGUUGAAACAACGCUUCAAGCACUUACGAAAUUUACCAAUCGAGGGUUACAUCAACGCUAAGCCCCAGCUUCUGAUUGGCGUCGAUAACCUUAGAGUCGUUGUUCCAUUGGUAGCAAGAGAAGGGAGCACAGGUUGCCCCACGGCAGUUCGAACACGUCUUGGCUGGUGCGUAUAUGGAGGUGGAAGUAACGCAACGUUAGCAACCAGUUUUCACAUUUGUGAUUGUCAGCACGAUCAAAAUUUGAACGAAACUUUGAAGGAGUAUUUUUCCGCCGAUGAAACGGGAACAAAGGCAGUUUGUCUUGAAUCAAGUGAAGAAGAUAAGCGAGCGAUGGAACAGUUACAAAAAGCCACUGUGUUUAUAGGAGACCGAUUUGAAUCCACAUUGCUAUGGAAAUAUGAUCACAUAGACCUACCAGAUAGUUACCCUAUGGCACUAGCCAGAUUAAAGUGCCUGGAAAGGAAGUUGUCGAAGGAUCCGUUACUGCAAGAAAACGUCAAGCGGCAAAUUAAAGAGUACCAGGAGAAGGGCUACUGUCAUCGAGCUACGAAUGAGGAGCUAGAAGCAGCUGACCCGAGGCGUUCAUGGUACCUUCCUCUAGGUACAGUGUCCAACCCCAAGAAGCCAGGCAAGGUGCGCCUGGUCUGGGACGCUGCCGCAACUGUAGACGGGGUUUCAUUAAAUUCGGUUUUACUAAAAGGACCUGACCAGUUAACGGCUCUUCCGGUGGUACUUUUCCGAUUCCGCCAGUUCCCGGUAGCGGUAUGUGCGGACAUAAAGGAAAUGUACCAUCAAAUACGUAUACGCAAAGAAGACCGGAAUUCUCAAAGAUUUUUGUGGCGCAGUGAUCCCGAAAAAAAGCCCGAAAUAUUUUUUAUGGAUGUGGCAACCUUCGGGUCAAGCUGUUCUCCGGCGACAGCGCAAUUCGUGAAGAAUAGUAACGCAAAACGGUUCACUGAGAAGUAUCCGGCUGCAGUCGAGAAUAUCCUCAACGCCCACUACGUAGACGAUUAUGUCAUCAGCUUUAAAACUCCUCAAGAAGCCAAACUGGUGUCGGAACAGGUGAGAACUAUACAUAAGAGUGGCGGGUUCGAGCUCCGGAAUUUCUGCUCCAAUAACACUGAAGUGCUUCAACACCUCGGAGAACAGCAACUGGAAAAUGUAAAGGAGUUUAAUUCAAAAACAAAACUGGCUCCUGAGAACGUUCUGGGGAUACAAUGGGAAACGGUAUCAGAUGAGUUAAGGUUCUCAACGAAAAUGCGUGAGGAUAUCGAACAAGUGAUAAAAACCGGACGAAGACCGACUAAAAGAGAAAUUUUACGAUGUGUUAUGUCCAUGUUCGAUCCUCUGGGACUUCUUGCACCAUACUUAAUUUUCGGAAAAAUUCUCAUCCAAGAAGUUUGGCGGAAGGGUCAUGGAUGGGAUGAUCCGAUUGAUGAUGAAACUUUUGAGCUGUGGCGCAGGUGGAUUGAGAUGAUCCAGCAUAUUCACGAUGUCAGAAUACCAAGAUGCUAUUUUUCGAGAGCCGUUGAUGAAGUCGAAAUUCACACGUUUGUUGAUGCCAGCGAAGCUGCUUAUUCAUGUGUCAGCUAUGUCCGAUGCAUGGAUCCGUUAGGCGCAGUGGAAGUUGCGUUGGUUGGAGCCAAAACAAAAGUAGCCCCUCUGAAGCCAUGGUCCAUACCCCGACUUGAGCUUCAAGGAUGUGUGUUAGGUUCCAGAUUUACUCGAUUCCUCGAAGAAGGUCAUUCACUACGCUUCACAAAACGAGUCAUGUGGUCCGACUCUAGUACGGCCCUAAGCUGGAUAAACUCAGAUCCUCGUAAACUUCAUCGAUUCGUUGCUUUCCGUAUAACCGAAAUAUUAGAGUUGACAACACGUAGCGAGUGGAGAUGGGUCCCGACCAAACAAAAUCCAGCUGAUGAAGCAACCAAGUGGGGCGUUGGACCUCACUUUAAUGAUAAAAGCAUCUGGUACAGUGGACCAGAUUUCCUUUCGUAUUCCGAAGAUCAAUGGCCUGCCAGGAAAACGGCAUCGCCCGCGACCGAAGAGCUUCGUCCUUGUUACGCACAUACUGAAAUUUUCCUCCCAGAACCGCAACUAGAACCCGAAAGGUUUUCGAACUGGAACCGUCUUCUCAGGACCACAGCAUACUUACAUCGUCUCUUGUCUAAGAAAAUUCACCCAAAUGAAAACCGCCCUUUAGAAAUUCUCAAGCAAAACGAAUUGCAGUCGGCGGAAAGAACGUUGUUCAAACAAGCACAGUGGCAAAUUUAUCCAGAUGAAAUGAUUAUCCUGUCCAAGUGUAAUCUAGACGGAAAAAACCAGCAAUUAGUCGAUCGUUCCAGUAGCAUCUAUCAUCUGUCUCCGGUUCUAGAUGAACACGGAGUUCUAAGGGUGGAUGGAAGAAUCCGAAAUGCUCCUAAAGUCGAACUGGAUUGUAAGUAUCCUAUUAUCCUUCCAAAAAACCAUCAUGUGACCUAUCUACUCGUCGAUGACUACCAUAAAAGAUUUCAUCACGGGAAUAACGAAACCAUUGUAAAUGAGAUCAGACAACGUUUUCACAUUCCUUCUAUCCGUGGGUUCGUCAAGGAUGUGGUAAAGAAAUGUCAGUACUGUAAAGUGAGCAAGGCACGCCCUGUAGUUCCGAGAAUGGGACCUCUUCCGUUGGCUCGAUUGUCUGCCGGUGUUCGACCAUUCGCUUACGUUGGUGUGGACUAUUUUGGGCCCUUGCAAGUAAAGGUAGGAAGAGCAACCGUCAAAAGAUGGGUGGCACUGUUCACCUGUCUAACUAUCAGGGCCGUACAUCUCGAGGUGAUCUACAGCUUAACUACCGAAGCCUGCAUCAUGGGAAUUCGUCGAUUCAUUGGUCGUCGGGGUUCCCCUGUUGAAUUCCAUAGUGACAAUGGUACAAACUUUCAAGGCGCUGAAAGAUUGUUGCGCGAGCAAAUCAACAUGGGACUCGAGUUUACGUUCACCAAUACGAACACCAAAUGGUUAUUCAUUCCUCCUGGAGCCCCCCAUAUGGGCGGUUCCUGGGAGAGAAUGGUCAGGUCCAUCAAGGUGGCAAUAUCAGAUGCAUACAACGAAAAUUUGGAUGACGAACGUCUUCUUACAUUGCUUAUUGAAGCCGAAUCAAUAGUCAACUGUCGGCCGCUGACCUAUCUGCCCUUGGAUUCAGCUGAGCAGGAAGCCCUUACGCCGAACCACCUAUUGUUAGGCAACUCAACAGGCGUUCAUCAACCGGAACAGCAUGCAGUGUGUGACCGUAAGCUGUUAAGUCGAUCCUGGGAUACACUUCAAAAACAGAUUGGUUCAUUUUGGAAGAGGUGGACCUUAGAAUAUCUUCCGACUCUAACAAAAAGAACGAAGUGGUUCGGAGAGACGAAAAAUUCGAAAAAGGAGAACUAG